AUGAAUGAGCCUAACGAUGGUUAUGUUGACCUUUCAAUACCUGAAGAGUUUCUAAUUGAUAACUUUUCACAUCCUAUUGAGGCUAUUAUUGAGAGAGACGAAAAUGAAUACUUUAGUAGUGAUUCUAUUGAUAGAUCUGCAGCUACAGAUUUUGAUGCUUUUGAGCACUUGACUCCUGAAUUUCUUAAUGCUCUUAAAACUUCUGGUUUGCCAAAUCAUUCAAUCAAGUUGAAGAUCAGUGUCACUAUUAUGUUGAUGCGGAACUUAGAUCAAUCUAAAGGCUUAUGCAAUGGUACAAGAUUAACUGUAACAAUGUUUGCUAAUCAUGUCAUUGAGGCUAAGAUCAUUUCAGAAAAGAAUUUAGGUAACAUCAUUUAUAUUUCUAAAAUGUCUUUGUCCCCUUCACAAUCACCAUGGUCAUUCAAAUUGGUGAGAAGACAAUUCUUCAUUAUUGUUUCUUUUGCUAUGACAAUUAACAAAUCUCAAGGACAAUCUUUAGACAAUGUUGGUUUAUACCUUCCAAAUGAUGUUUUUAGUCAUAAUUAA